UGUGUUGCAUAAUAGUUAUUUCUUCACACUGCUGAAUGAGAAGGAUGUCAAACCUGCAGCAGUGAUAUUUCAUGUUUUAGUUGUUUCCUUUAUUUUCUGGUCAGGAAGUAGCAGUGUUUUGUUUUAACGGCUGGUAAAAAAGAAAGAAAGAAAGAAAGAAAGAAAGAAAGAAAGAAAGAAAGAAAGAAAGAAAGAAAGAAAGACAUGAGAGAGAGAUGGCAGAGAAUCAAAGCUUCAUAGAGGUCGAUAAGGCUUUCCUAAAGUCCAAACGAGGUUUACUGAAAAUAGCAGAACUGGUGGUUCUGUUUGUGGCAUUUGUGUGUUUCACUGUGGCAUCACGGCCUCCCUACAUCUCAGCUACAUGUUUGGAGUUCAUCAUCACACUGGCUCUGCUCAUCCUUUACUUUCUGAAACUUCACAAAUCACUCACCUUCUUUUUCUGGCCAUUGAUUGACGUUUUUAACUCCUUCUUUGCUGCAUUGUUCUUGUGUAUUAUCAGCCUUGUGGCUGUGUCCACAUUCACUACCAAGGGCACUUUGGUGGGAGGGGUCAUGGGUUUGGCGGCUGUAGUAUUGUGGUGCGUUGAUGGUUAUAUUGUCUUUAGGAAAAUCACCUUCAACCAGACGAUGGGAUCAACGCCUUAGUAACUCAAAUGUUCACCUGCACACUUUACAUGCACAUGUGUACUAAUGCGCCUUUUCUAUUAAUAUAUAAUACAUAUGUAAUGACUUAUGAAAUAGAAAAAGACUUCUUUGGCUCGGUUUUUAAACUUUUUGUGGAAAAUGUUUGACUUCUAGGUAUGUAUAUCAUAUAAUUAAUCUAUAUUAUAUGAUUUCAUUAUAUAAUGUCAAAUGUCAAAUAAAUAGUAUAGUUAUAUUAUAAAGCAAUAUUUAUAUUCAGUUGGUUUUCAUCUUUACAAAUUCACUGAGCUUUGCAUAUGAGUUUUGUUCACUUUUGUAACUUGCUGUUAUACACACCCAAUAAAAGCGUUAAAACAUCUGUAA